AAACGGCUGUGCUUGUAUUUCUAAACAUAAUCGGGGUCGGGCUUUUGUUGAUGGUUUCAAUUUUAUUUAAAACUUUAGCAUUCAUGUAGCUGCUUUUGUCCCCGAGACAUCCAAAGACAGAAAUGCGAACCACAGCUAAAUGUUUACACAUUUCACUACAUAUAAGUAUUGUAAAUGGCUUCGUAGUAAACAAAUGGAGGAAUACUUUCGCAUAUAGAGAUGUAAAUUUAUUUCUGUGCUAGCGCUUAUCUUUCACGUGCAUGAGCUUGCAGAUAAACUCACUGCGGUUUAUCAUAAGUAUCUUAUUGGUCAUUUUUCCCACAGUUGGCAUUAAUAAUGAGCAUAGAAAUGUUAUCUGAAUAACAACUAGUACCUAAAUGGGUCUGGAAAAAUAUUCAAAGGCUUUUAUUUUAAUAAACAAUGCGGAUUUGUAUGCAUCUGAAUGUUUUGAUUGGCUGGAUAAGACGUCUCAUGUCUUUCCAGAAAUGUUCCUUUUGCAACAUUACCGAAAUUACCAGUAAAGUUACAACUUCUCUUUCCUGACAAUUGCCGGAACAAAUUUACUGGUAUUUUCAAAAAGAGCCCAUUCACACAUUAUCCCUUUCUGAAAAACACAUCCAUAGGAACAAAAAUACUAUGGAAGUCAAUAGCCCCUUUCACACAUAUAGACCUUUCUGGAGAAUUACUGGCAAUUUUCUGGAAAGAGAUCAUGUGUAAACAGCCCCUUUUUGAAAAUACCUGUAAAUUAGUUUCAUCAAUUUUCAGGAAAGGGAAGUUGUAACAUUACCGGUAAUUUGCCGGAAUGCUGAUCUGUGUGAAGGUUGUUGCUAGAUCUGAUACUGUUGUCGCUGGAAGUUAAUGAGAAUUAUUUAUAUUAUUUAUUAAAUUUCCCAUUUAUUGUGUUUUAUUAACGUCUUCCCUGACGUCUUCCAUAAACCCAACUGUCACAGUAUUGUAAAGAUAUUAAUUAUUGUUAUACAGUGUCAUAAAAAAUGCUGCUAUAUUGAUGUGCAUACCGCACUUCUGGCUGGCCGCGUGUCCAAUCUAGACUCUACCUUGUGUGAACCAAUGACGGGUGUGAAUACAGUAGAAAAAUUGCCAGAAUGAGCGUGUUGGCGUUUAGAUGGCACUCUUGUUAGACAUCUACUCCAGCCAAUCAGAACAUUCAGACGCUGUCACAUCUGCGCUGUUUAUGAAAAUAAAAGCAUUUAAAUAUUUUUCCUGACACAUUUAGCUGCUUGAUGUUAGUCAGAUAACGUUUCUAUUUUCCUUCAUAAUGCCUACUGUGUGAAAAAAUUUUGAUAAAACACUUAUGAUUAGCCGCUGUUUGUUUACCUUGCUUGCGUGCGUUACCAUGAGUUCCAACACACACACACGCAUCAUGUACAUCUCAACAUGCGAAAGUGUACCUCCAUAUGUUUUCAUCGAAGUUACAAUACCCAUCCAUCUACAGAUUUUGUAAUGUAGUCAAAUGUGUAAAUAAUUAGCUGCGGUUCGCGCCUCUGCAUUUGGAUGUCUCUGGUACAAAAUCAGCUACAUGAAUGCUAAAGCUUUAGAUAAAAGUGAAACUAUCAACAAAAGCCCUACCCCUAUUAUGUUUAGAAAUACAAGCACAACCGUUUAGAGCUCAUUUCUGGUUAAUGAUGUUAGAAUUUACCCGUAUUUUGGAAUAGAUGUGUAAAUGGUCUUCUCCAGAAAAAUCCCCCACGUGCUUGCCUAUGUGAACAGCACUUUUUAUUUAUAGGUAAAGUCCUUCUGGAUAUUUACUGCUAUCACAGUGUGGAAGGGGUUAUGGCUGCUGCUUUCAAAAUUUCUGAAUAUCUUGUUUUUUCUUUAACAAAAGAAAGAAACAGCUUUGGAACACUUUUUCGGGAAUUUUUAUUUUUGGGAGAACUAGUCCUUUAAAUAAAUCAAAAACGUUACUCAAAUGUAUUAUCUGCAUUUUCUAUGUGGUUUAUAUUUCAAUAAUCAGAAUUGUCCACUCUUCUUUCUAAUUAAAGAGAAAACCUGAAAAGAAACUUUGCCAUGAGUAUCAGGACCUUGAAUCACCUUCAGGCUCUUGCGUGUGCAUGAAUGAGUGCAUUAGCAAGUAAACGGCCACUGGUGUCACUAAUAAAAAGGCCUCUGAAUUUAACAUGUAGACCUCCAAAUAUCACCUUUUUUUAUAUUCAGGGAAAAUUUAGAGGUUAAUGUUAUCUCCUGUGGGUCACGAGUUGAGUCUGUAUCUUAUCUAAUGACAUUUUCAUGAGUGAUGCUAAUAGGCUACCUUGCCGAAGCUGAGGUUGAAAAGGUUUCAGGAAAUGUCAUUUAUUAUGGGUUGCAGGCAUGCCUCAUUCAGUCCUUCAUUAAACCAGCCUCUGUAGUUACUCAUAAUUAGUUGUACUGAAGUGGCAUUCUCUAGAGUCCAAGCAAUACUCCUGUUGUCGUUUUUUUAAUGUUCUCCUCUUCUAUGAUCUAUGAUGAACAUUAAAUUUGCCAGUGCGAUAUUUACUCCUGUUGAGCCAUGUAAGAGUUGUUUACUAGCCUGAAGUAAUCUGUAAUGUUUAGUCAUAUUAAAGGAGCUGAAGGACUUGUGUAUUCAACCAUGUAAUUCAUGGAUGUACAUUCAUGCACCAAGCCUGAAGCUCAUUUUCAAAUCUGAUGACAAGCAAUCUAAAUUGGGAAGACAGGAGGCUUGGUUUAUAUUGCUCAUGCUAAUGAACUCUGCCUGGUCACCAGCAUGGCAAUUGAAAGCUGCGUUUAGAUGUUAUAGCAUGUGUGAUUGAUGCUAAAUUGGUGUUGCUGUGUGUGAAUAUUGACAACUGCAACUGAUCCUGAAUCUUUCACUGGAUUUAGCAAUGGCCUAAAGGUCUGACAGACGGAGAAAAAUCACCUUUUAAAAUGUGGACUGAAUUAAUCUUUCUUGUGUAAAUCAAAUUGGGCUAAUGGGUGAAGGAAUUCAGUCAGUAAUCCAAAUGUCAUUAGAUUAGAUUACACUGCAUGCUGUUCUGAUACCCACCACUUCUAUUAUCCAAAUGAGUGUCUCCUCGUCUGGAUUAGGGACUGUGAGGAUAUUCCUGCAGAUGGGCCUCAUAGCAGAAGAGCAGAAAACGAACAUCGCUUUUGACCCCAGCUUCAGUGCAGAUACCGUCCACCUUUACAGUCUCACGGAGCUUCACGAUGGACCUUUACGCAAACUGCAUUCGGCUGGCGGUGAGGUGCGCGGUUAAACGAGCCCUGGUGCGCCCGCGCAACACGCACUGCUGAGACGAUGAGGGGAAGGCACGAGAGGUUACGAGGAGAAAGGGUCAAUGGUAACCUCCAAAUCGAAGAGCACAGUCAACCCCGACAGCAGCCAGACGGAUACUGUUGGAAAACGACCGCUUUGCAGCCCCAGAGCUUUGCGUAGGAUCACAGUGGAGCGGUGAAGGUUUCCCCGAUGGAAUGCAGAAAAGACAGCGCAACUGCCGCAGUGAAUGAAGUUGGUUUGUUGAUCCGUUCGGAUGCUACUGACUGUGUGUUUCACCAAAAAAGAUAACGAAAUGUACCAGAAGACAACACAUCUAGGUUUCCGCGUGUGUCGGUCGGCAGUGGCUGGCUUCGGUCCUGAUCGGCGCGGGAUGGUGGAGACGUUGAGCAUCGCCGUCAUCGGAGCGCCUGGAGUCGGGAAAACUUCUAUCAUCCGUCAGUUCAUUUACAAUGACUUCUCUGAGACUUACACUCCCACCCAAACGCGAUACGUCUACAGACCCUCCGUCAUUCUUAACGGUGUGAUGUACGACCUGAAGAUUUUGGAUGUCCCGCCAAUAUCCUCCUUUCCUUCAAGCCCGAGUCAGGAGUGGCUGGACUCGCGGUGUAGAGGAGUUCGCAGCGCAAACGCAUACAUUCUGGUCUAUGACAUCUGCUGUGUGGAGAGCUUCGAGUAUGUCAAGAUGAUCCGACAGCAAAUUGUGGAUAACAGAGUGGGCAGCAGCAGUGAAGUGCCCAUCUUGGUGGUAGGCAGUAAGCGGGACCUCCAGCGGCAACGGUUCACCCAGCGCAGGGCCGUGUCUGUACUGGUAAAGAAGACCUGGAAGUGUGGUUACGUCGAGUGCUCUGCCAAAUACAAUUGGCAUGUGCUCUUGCUCUUCAAAGAGCUCCUGGGAAUAGCCGUGUCCCGAGGACUGCGCCCAAACCACACCUCCAUCCGCCUCCAGGGCGCACUGCAGAGGAAUCGCUGUACUGUCAUGUGAUGGAUAUGUAGCCUUUUAUUAAUGAAUUCUUAUUUAGGACCAGUUUGUGUUCUCAGAUUUAACUGUCUGAAACGAAACUGGUUGUGAAAAGUCAACUUUGCUGUACCACAAGGAUGGAGCUUUGAGGACAUUCUGUCAAUCAAAAUGGCUGGAAAACUACCACCUCGGGGCCUCCGUAACUGAUGCAUAUAUCUGAGGGAUUACCUUAGGUACUACUGAUUUUAUUUUUCUCUUCUUUAAAGCAGACCGAUGGAAGCAGAUAAGGAUUUUUUUCAUCUUGCCAAGUCUUUCAUGGUUAGAGUUAGAAUGGAUUGGAUUGUGUUUCUGCUUUUUGCGUUGAUUUAAAUUCAGAUGCUGUGGGUGCAUUUCAGUUUUUGAGGAUUGCUUUGGAGCAGCUUUUACACACUUUUUUAAUGAACACUUCUACUGCAUUUUAAACUGUGGGUGGAACUUCCGCUUUAGGGAACUUUAGAUCAAAAGAAAUUAUGGUCACACUUUACAAUAAGGUUUGAUUAGUUGAUUUAUUUACUAACAUGAACUAAUUAUAAACAAUAGUACAGCAUUUACUAAUUAACAUAGUUCAACAUUUACUAAUGCGUUAUUAACAUCAGGCCUGUAGCUACCCUGUUAAAAGGGUGGUUAUUUUUUCUCAAAAAGUUGAUAUUUUUGCAGUUUUUCACUUCAUUUUUUUAUUUAGUUGUGAGAUUUAAAUGCUGCAUUUUAGUGACAUUUUAAGCACUAGUUUUAGCCAAAUUAGCUUGUUGGUUGGUCAUCACAACCACACUUUUUAAUGUACCAAAAAUAUUUCCUAAAGAUUUAAAGAAAUAUGAAAAUACUUAUUUUUUUAAAUACAAAUUGAAUACAUCAUAUAUCAUUCGACAGAAAAUAGAAAUUUGUUAAGGUUUUAAAUUAAAAACUGUACCCUAUUGUCACUUAUUAGGCAAAUAACAAACUGGCCAGCUCAUUCAAGUUUCCUCACUCACACACAUGUAAACAUAAUAAGAAUGUAGAUCUCAGUGCGUCUUCUGAACCACCCGAAACCCCCCUGGUUACAGGCCUGAACAUUCAAAUUUAUUCUUGUUAACAUUAGUAAUGCACUAUGACUUAACAUAAAUUAAUUAACAUGGACAAAUACUGUAAUAAAUGUGUUGUUGAUUGUUUGUAUAUGUUAGUAAAUGUAUUAACUAGUACAAUCUUACUGUAAAGUGUUACCAAAUUUAUUCUAAGUUUGCUUGAAUAAGCUGUACAUUUUCCAUCAUACUCUAUUUUUAUCCAUCAGUACCACGUCAUUUUAAAUUCUCCGUUUAAAAUAGUCUCCCCUUCUGUUUUUCCUCUAACUAAUCCCUAUAAACAUUGUGUUUAUUUUAUUCAAUAUUUCUAGAAUAUUUUUGUAAAUAUCCAUGUUCUAGAAAGUGAUGGGAAUUCUGAUUCAUACCACUACUUGUUGCUACAGCGCUCAGCAUAACUGAGUACUCCCUAUAUUUCUCAGUGAAUAUAGGCAAUGUAUUUUGAUGCAUUUAAAAAAACAGAUAUAUUUAU